AUAAAAGUGUUAAAGGCUCAUCAUCUUAUUAACCCUGUGGAACUCGCAGUAUCCGUACACUACAGAUCUUUAUUCCAUCACACCUCUAUUUCUAUUACCUUUGUCAGUACGGACAGCAAUGAAUAAUACAGCCUUACUCUGCAAUAUCAGCAUGCCAAGGGCCGUGGAGACAUUCCAGAUGGUGAUCUCCAUACCAGUUUUAAUUCUGGGACUAUUAUUCAACGCUGCAGCCCUUUUCCUGUUGUGCUGCAAACUGAGAGAAUGGACGGAAACCAAAAUAUACAUGACUAACUUGGCAAUUGCUGACUUCAUCCUUCUCCUUUCCCUGCCAUUUAAGAUGGCAACAUAUCACCACAUUUUUACAAAGCAGUUCUGCAUGCUUUUGGUCUCAGUUUACUACGUGAACAUGUAUGUGAGCAUCCUCACAAUCACCGCUAUAAGUGUUGACCGCUACAUCGCAAUUAAACAUCCAUUUAGAGCUAGAACCCUCCGGUCGCCACUGAAAGCAGCAGCCGUGUGCCUUAUGAUAUGGUUGAUCAUAGGCUCAUUCAGUGUCAUGGUUAACACAGACAGCAAGCACAAGGACAGCAAACUGCAGAAUAAAUGUUUUCAAAGUAAUGCUUCCACAGGUCUCUCCUUCAAAUCAAUUUUGCUCAUUGAGAUAGUGGGAUUUUGCAUGCCUCUUGUAAUACUGACAUUUUGUUCCACGCAAGCUAUCCACUCUUUGUCAAAAGACAUAAGCUCAGAACGCAGAGAUGAAAAACGCAGGGGCAUUCAUGUCAUUGCUACAAAUCUGGUCGUCUUUUUCAUUUGCUUUGCCCCCAUCCACAUUGCAAUGUUUCUCCAGCACCUUUUUAAAACUUUAGAUCAUUCCAAUUGCAGUCUUCAACAGCAAAUGGCCAAUUUCAUGCAUGUUUCCAGUUGCAUCACCAAUACCAACUGCUGCUUGGACGCAGUGUGCUAUUAUUUUGUGGCAAAGGAGUUUUUUUUAUCAUCUUCUGUGCGGACUUCUCCACAAAGGGAUAAUUAACAUGGCAAAAGAUCAUCUCUUUGAUGAAUUUCCUAAAGCAUUUCCAUAAUCAAGAUGUCUAUAUAUAUAUAUAUAUAUAUAUAUAUAUAUAUAUAUAUAUA